AUGAGCAGCGAGGUGAGACAGCAGGUCGAGGGGGUGAGGAGGAAGUUGUCGGCGUUGGGCGGCGCGAAGGUGCACGUGGCGAUUAUGACGAGUGGAGGGGACGCGCAGGGGAUGAACGCGUGCAUUAGGGCGGUGGUGCGCCACGCGUCGAUGCUGAGCGUCGAGGUGUACGGGAUAUUGGAGGGGUUCGUCGGGCUGUACAACGGGGAGCAGAUCACGCAGUUGAAGUGGAACGACGUGUCUGGGUUGCUGCCGAACGGAGGGACGGUGCUGGGGACGAGUCGGUGCCCGGAGUUCACGAAGAGGGAGGGGAGGAAGAGGGCGGCGCUGAACUUGCUGAAGUUUGGGAUAGAUCGGCUGAUAUGCAUUGGGGGGGACGGGUCGUUGACGGGCGCGAGCAUGUUGUCGUCGGAGUGGAGAGAGCACUUGGAGGAGUUGUUGAGCGAGGGGAAGAUUGGGGCGCACGAGCUGGAGGAGCACCCGAAGUUGUACGUGGUGGGGGUGGUGGGGUCGAUAGACAACGAUUUUUGGGGGACGGAGAUGACGAUAGGCUGCGACUCGGCGCUGCACAGGAUUACGGACGCGGUGAGGUGCAUCAUGACGACGGCGUCGUCGCACCAGAGGACGUUUGUGAUAGAGGUGAUGGGCAGGGAGUGCGGGUACUUGGCGCUGUACAGCGCGUUGGCGGUGGGGGCGGAUUACGCGUUCGUGCCGGAGUGCCCGGCGAGGGGGAACUGGAGGGAGAGUUUGUGCCGGGCGAUUAGUCGGAGCUUCGAGUUGGGGAUUCGGCGGUCGAUAGUGAUCAUGGCGGAGGGGGCGAAGGACAUAGAGGGGAACAGGAUAUCGUCGGAGGAGAGGGGGGUUGCCGUCGGGGAUGGAGCCGCACGCUGCGACGAGGAUGGGGGUGAAGGCGUUGAACGUGAUCUUGGAGGAGGGAUGGAGGCGGAGGCGAAGGUGGUGUGCCUGGUGGGAGAGUCGCUGGUGGAGCGCCCGCUGAUGGAGGCGGUGAGGGAGACGCGCAGGGUGUCGGCGGCGAUGGCGGAGAGGAAGUUCGAGUUGGCGGCGAGUCUGAGGGGCGUUGGGUACGUGAGGGACUGGAACAUCUACAAGACGUGGGCGAAGACCUCGCUGCUGUCGCACGAGGUCCCGAGCGACGGCACCUCGAUCGCGAUCCUGAACAUGGGGCCGCCGACGCCGGGGAUGAACAGCCCCGUGGGCAUGAUCACGAGGCUGGCCACCAUGCACAAUUACCGUGUGUAUGGCAUUUACGAGGGGUGUCACGGGUUGUGGAGCGGGAACUUCGAGCCGCUGAAGUGGAUCGACGUGGAGGGCUGGGGCAUUCGGAGCGGCGUGAUCCUGGGAACGAACAAGAAGACGCCGGACAACGCGUUGGGGGAGUGCGCGAGGAGGUUGGAGGAGAUGGGGAUUCGCGCGUUGUUCUUGAUUGGCGGUUGGGAGGCGUACGUGUGUUUGACCCAGUUCGCGCGUGCGGCGAGUGAGUACCCCGCGCUGCGGAUACCGAUCGUGGUGAUCCCUGCGAGCAUCUACAACGACUGUCCGUGCACGUCCGUGUCGGUGGGCCGCGGACACGGCCGUGAACUCCAUCCUGACGAACGUCGACAGCGUGAAGCAGACGGCCACGGCGAUCCGUCGCUGCGUCUGCGUCGUGGAAAUCGACGGCCGCAAUUGCGGCUACCUGGGCGCGCCGUGUCCGUCGGCGGCAGCGCGCUCCGUCUGUACACGCCGGAGCGGCCCAUAUCUCUGUCCAGCCUCGUCUCCGACGUCAAAACGCUGACCGAUCGGUUCCGCCACAACAAGACGAUGGCGCUGAUCAUCAACAGCGACAUCCACAACAAGACCUACACCACCGAAAUGCUCGAGCGCAUCUUCAACCAAGAGGGCAAAGGCUGCUUCAAGGCGCGAAAAAUCGUCCUGAGCUACACCGACCAAGGCAACCCGCCCUCUCCGUUCGACUGCAUCCUGAGCAACCGCUUCGGGUACGAGGCGUUCUCGCUGGUUCGCGACCACCUCGUCAAGUCGCGCGACGCCCCCCUGCACGGCGCCGUCGCCCUCAAACUCGAACCAAGUCACCUUCGGGGCACCCCGCACCUGGUCGGCACGAACAGCCUGCUGUCGAUGCAGAAACUGCUGCGCGGCAACUCGAUCCGGAACUUCAUAAAAGGAAAAAACAGGCAAAAAUAA